AUGUUAGAACCGCUGGUCUUCAUCAGUAGACUGGCAUUUCGACUGCCGUACGCUUGGGGCAAAGGCUGGAUCAGUGGGAAGUACAAUGAAUUUGGUAUCUGGAAGACAUUGGCGAUUGUAUUUAUGAUGGAAUGUGCAAAUAAUUUAGACCCGUGGACAUUAAAAUGGUUCAUAAACCCUCUGCUUGGCGUAGCUAAUCAGAUUGGAUUUUGGUGGCUAGGCGCAGGACAAAUACAAGGUCUACUGCGAUGGAUUUUUCAAGAACCAAAUGCACCGGUGUUGAUGUACAUUCAUGGAGGAGGCAUGUGUCUAGACAUGACACCUUGUAGUUUGGUGUAUUUACAGCAUUUGAAGAAGGAAGUUGGUGCUUUAUCGGUUGCAUUUGUGAAAUACUCGUUGUGUGCACGGUAUCCUACGGCUAUUGAAGAGGUGUGGGGCGAAUACCAGAAGUUAGUUUCGCAGGGCCAUCGCGUGUGGCUACUUGGCGAUUCAGCCGGCGGAAACUUGUGUCUAAACGUGUUACAAAAGUGUGUGGCGGAAAACAACGUUCUGCCGGAAAAAUGCGUGGCGGUAAGUCCCUGGCUGAACGUAACGAAGACCGAAUCGUAUGUGUCACGAACCAACAGCGUCGAUUUUUUGACGUGGAACCAACUGGCCAUGUUUAAAAACGUAUACGCACCAAAUGGCAACUACAAAGAUCCACAAUUAAACCUCGAAACGAAUUUCGAUGUCGAAGCUUGGACCAAAGUUCUUGCGUCGACCAAAAUGCUUAUACUGUGUGGUGAAGACGAAAUCUUAUAUCCUGAAAUUAUAAGAUUCGCACAGAAGCUGCGCAACAUUAAUUGCGGCCAAGUCAAGCUUGUUUCGCAACCACGAGGAGUCCAUUGUGACACCAUGAUGUUCGAUGUGCAGGCACCUGACGGCAACGCACAGUGUUUGGAAGAGACCAAAAGGUUUCUACGGUCUGGACUUUGA